UCACGCACCCUCUUCUUGCUCGGAUUGGCACCGCUGCUGCUGCUGCUGCUGCUGGCCUGCUGCUGGCGAAGAUCCCUGCGGCUUGGUAGCGGCCUGGGGAGCCGCCUUCUCCGCUUCCUUGGUGACCUGGGGCCCGAUUUCAAAGUGGCCGUCGUCUGUGCCCACGGAUACGAGCACCUGCUUGCGCGGGGCCUGCUUGGGUGCCGCUGCUGCCUUCGGGGCGGCGUCCUGCGGCGGAGAUGUGGCGCUGCUGCUGGCAACGGGCUGGGGCGGAUUGGCACCUGGCUGAGGUGGCAUGGCGAGGUCAACGAGCGGUGCGGUCGGCUCGGCGAGGCGGGCUCA